AUAAUUCAUGAAUAAAUGUGCUGUUAGCUGUAUCCAGGUACGCGAUUCCUUUAGCUUGAAGCUGGACAUCUGCACGAUGCGUUCAAAUUGGAUGACAGCGUUCGUGGUUACAUUUGUAUUUGCUGUUGGGAAUACACCGGCUGAAACAGGUGUUUGUGAUUCUAUACCAAGUCGUGAGAGAACAGGGAACUGUCCUCCUAUAAUUGAAAACGGCACCGUUUUAUUGACGGGAUACAUACACAAUUGUUUCAAAAUGUGCGAAGCCACUUCCGACUGCCAAAGCUUCACAAUGGAAAUGGAUCAUAUCAUUUGCUCUCUACACGAGUGUCCUUAUUUCCAGACUUCAAAUGAGUUGCACUCUACAUAUUUCCGGAAAAUUUGCUCAGGAAAUUCCUGCAACGUGGAGGCCGAAGGUAAAGGUCUGGAUGCUAACUGCACGUCAUCACCUGUGAUUCUGAACAUGUCAAGCGAUGAAUGCCUCCAAGCAUGUGCACAGAGAAAUACCUGUUUAGCUUUGACGCUGGGAAAAGCGGCAUCAUGUUUCAUGUUUAACUGUACCACAUCUACAAAGGCCGACAGCACAAACAUAUUCUACAUUAGUGAAUGCUUUGGUAAGCUACUCGCCAUUAUAUCAUUUUAUAUUGAAACAAUCAGUACAACAUUUGCGGUAUAUUUUAUACAAUAUAUAUAUUUCGCAUUCCUAUAUAAUACACACAAUAUACGAAUGUUGAAUGUUUGCCUUAUAACAUUUUCGAUUUUGAAUAAUAAAAUCAUCAACAAAAUUUGGUUUCCACGACUACGAAUACUCAAGUAUGUAGUUAAUUGUAUUUAGGUAGCAGUGUACAGUAAAAUUACCCAAUUCUGAAAAAUAUGGCACAUGUGUUAGAUAUGUAAACAUUGGCAGUUAACCCUACAUAUUACCUCUAAUAAUAAAGUAAAUAUAAUUGCAAUCUAUACAUUAUUUGCAGUUUUAAUACAGCUCUGAAGGAUAAGUAAUUUGUUCUAUAUCUUUUCAGACAUGUGAAUGCCAUGGUAACAACUUAAAAAAAAUUAAUUGCAAAAAAUGAUGAUAUUUGACCCCAAAAGACACAAUUCUCUAUACAAUGUUUUUUUAAAACCUACUUAUUUGAAAUUAAAUAUCUCUAUCCCAAAGACAGAAUUAAUCUUGAUUUGACAUAUGUUGUACAUUAAGUUGUUCCGCGAUCUUACUUUGAUUAUGAGCCUCCAUUUUUCGCUGUAGGCAAAACUAAGUUUCUUGUGUAAACUCACUUUAGAAAAAUCCGGAAAUUUAAAAUCCGGAACCAAUUUAUUUAUUUUAAUUUUAACAAAUUUGAA